AUGUCAUCAAAACCAGACAUCGCCUUUAUAGGCCUGGGCGCCAUGGGCUUUGGUAUGGCGACCAACCUGGUCAAGCAAGGAUACAGCGUGACCGGGUUCGACGUUUGGGCGCCGACUCUCGAGAAGUUCAAGGCCGCCGGCGGUCUCACGGCCACCACGCCGUCUGACGCGGUUAAGGGGAAGGACUACGUCGUGGUCAUGGUGGCGACGGCGGCGCAGGCGCAAGCCGUGCUCAUCGAGGGAGAGAACGCGGCGCUCCCAUCGCUGUCCAAGGGCGCGGCCCUCCUGCUGUGCUCCACGGUACCGGCGUCGUACGUGCGGGGGCUGGCGGCGCAGCUGGCCGAGAUGGGCCGGAACGACGUGUUCCUCGUCGACGCGCCCGUGUCGGGCGGCACGUACCGUGCGGCGGACGGCACGCUGUCCAUCAUGGCGGGGGCGUCGGACGCGGCGCUAGACCGGGCGCGCUUCCUGCUACAGGAGAUGGCCGACCCCAAGAAGCUGUACAUCGUGCGCGGCGGCGUCGGCGGCGGCAGCAACCUGAAGAUGGUGCACCAGGUGCUGGCGGCCGUGCAGAUCCUGUCGGGCAGCGAGGCCAUGGGCUUCGCGCACCACCUGGGGCUGGACCUGGCGCGCACGCGCGAGGCCAUCCUGCAGUCGCAGGGCCGCAGCUGGAUGUUCGACAACCGCAGCCCGCGCAUGCUGCACCCGGAGUUUCAGCCCAUCGCCAGCGCCCUGACCAUCAUCCUCAAGGACACCAGCAUCAUCACGUCCGAGGCCCGGCGGGCCGGCUUCCCCACGCCGAUGGCCAGCACCGCCGAGCAGGUCUACUUCUCCGGGCUGGGCAAGGGAUACGGCCCGGACGACGACAGCAGCAUGGUCCGGGUGUACACCGAGGGCAAGGGCAAGGUCGGACCCGUGGCGGGGACGGCGGAGACGGACGAGGCGAAGCUGGAGCUCGUGGUGGCGCUGCUCAAGGGCAUCCAUCUGUGCGCCGCCGGGGAGACCAUUGCCUUUGCGAAGCACCUUGGGCUGGACCUCGAGCAGGUCUUUGACCUGUGCAUCAACGCCGCCGGUGGCAGCUACAUGCUUGAGGCGGCGGGCCCGGAGAUGCUGGGCCUGUUCGGAGCGCAGGCCACCGCGCCGGCGGACGCGGGUGCGAGUCUGCCGAGCAUCGCCAAGGGACUGCAGGAUGCCGUCGACGAGGCGCAACGCUUGAAGGUGCCCGUGUAUCUGGGCAACCAAGCUUCAAAUCUCGUGAGGCUGGCUCUAGCGCACAGGCCGAAGACUGCCCCUGAAGCGACGCAGGGCCAGGUAGUUAGAGUGUGGGGUGCGUGA